GUGGAAUUAUGGUUUCUUGGUCAAGGACACCAUGAUCAUCUAGAACAAGAUAUCUCUAUGGUUCCAGAUGAAGAAAAAUCUCAAUGGCAAAAAUUGGAUUUUCAGUUAUGCGCAAUUUUGUGGCAGUCAGUGGAGCAAGAGGUUUUAGAUAUCUUGAGACCCUAUAAAACAUGUUCAUCAUUCUGGAAGAGGGCAGAAGAUAUUUUUGCUAAUGAUGUACAACGUCUUUUUGAUGCAACCCAAAGAGUAGCUUCUCUAAAACAAGUCAACCAUGACAUGGUUUCUCAUAUAGCAAAGGCUCGGGCUGCUGUAGAAGAAUUAAAGAACUUCUUUGUAGCUGAUUCAUUAGAAGGGAUCAAUAAAAAGCUUGACAAGUUUUACAUGGUCCUAAUUCUGAGAAGCUUACACUCCGAUUAUGAUCAUGUACGUGAUCAAGUUUUAGCUGGUGAUCAAAUCCCUUCAAUGGAUGGUUUGGUUACUCGACUUCUUCGAGUACCUCCAUUGGUGAAAGAUGAGAAUUCAAUCGAUGUUAUUGGAACAUCAGCUAUGAUAAUGCCACAAGGAAGAGGAGUGCCACAAGGAAGAGGAGGAGGCAGAAGCAACCGAGGACGUGGUGGUCGUAGCAUACGUCCUCCUCCUCAAUGCACAUACUGUAAGAAACUAGGCCAUACUCGAGACAAAUGUUAUGUUCUACAUGGAUAUCCAGACAAAGUUGCUCAUGUGUCUAAAUCUGGUGAUCUAGAAUCCAGAAUUUCAAAUGAAGAAUAUGAAGAAUUUUUACGUUACAAGUCUGGAAAACCGUCUAAUCCUGGCCAAUCCUCUGUCAUGACUAGUGUGCCUACAGCCAGCCUAUCUCAAUCUGUGGAAGGUCAUAAUCCAUGGAUUCUGGACUCAGGUGCCUCAGACCAUAUCUCUGGAACAUGGGACAGGUCGUCUGAUUGGAGAAGGACAGUCUCAAGAACUUUAUUUCUUAAAACCUCAUUCCUCAGUUUCUUGCUUUACCACUUCAUCCCCCAAACUUCUGCAUGA